GGAUAUUGAGCUGUGCGUUGGAAUACAGAGAGCUGCUUGCUCUGUAGAGGGGGCUGAGCAGAGCUUAAAGUAGAUGAAGUGGCUUCAGGCUGCAUUGUGCUGCUGGAGAGUCAUCUCAGCUGUGCAGGGUGGAAGGCAGCCAGGGACCCCUCUGUAUUAGAGCUCAGCAGUGCAGGCUGUAGAGGGGACACUGCAGAGUACUAGAGCAUGGAUAGGGGGAGAUCAGGACUGCUAUCAUGAUUUGCUGGUCCCUCUCUAGAGAUUUCAAGGCAUAGAGAUAUGUUCUUCAGGAUUCAGCACUGGUAAUGGCCAGUAGGUCACUUACUAGGUCUCUGUAGUGUAGGAACAUUGUCUUUGCUGCUGUGGACAAAGGGAAGGGGAUCUGGGGGACCUGACAGAGAUCCAACAACUGAGGACCCCCCAACUUUUUACUGGAGCCAAUCCCAACCCAAACUUCUCCAUCCAGGGUGAUGGCCUUCACAUGACGAAGAGUCCCGACUUUCAGAAAAACGUCAAUGGAAAAAACCAGACUGGAGACUUUACUGACACGCCGGCAGCCUUCCUUGGACGGUAGAAAUGAGGCCACGGGCCUCGGUACUCCAUAGUCAGGACGGCGAUUAUCAGCUUUCUGAGCUUCUUGCUGACGUUGUACUUCAUGUCCCAUGUGGUCCACCUCCUUCCUCCGACCCCAGGCACCAGACAGGAGAAGGAUGGGCCAAUACAUCCAUUACCUUCUACUGCUGCUACUGAGCUUCGCUCUGGACUCGUCCUCCUAUGGGCCAAACACCAGAGCCCAGAAGAAAGGAGACAUUAUUCUUGGUGGACUCUUCCCCAUCCACUUCGGAGUCAACUCAAAGGACGAGAUCUUACAAUCAAGGCCGGAGUCCCUCGAGUGCACCAGAUAUAACUUUCGUGGGUUCCGAUGGCUACAAGCCAUGAUAUUCGCCAUCGAGGAGAUCAACAACUCAAACACCAUGCUGCCGAACAUCACUCUGGGCUACAGGAUUUUCGAUACUUGCAACACGGUCUCUAAGGCCCUGGAGGCCACCCUCAGCUUUGUGGCCCAGAACAAGAUUGACUCGCUAAACCUGGAUGAUUUCUGUAACUGUUCAGAGCACAUGCCCUCCACCAUCGCCGUGGUUGGAGCUACGGGCUCCGGAAUAUCUACCGCAGUGGCCAACUUGCUGGGGCUUUUCCAUAUACCUCAGGUCAGUUAUGCCUCCUCCAGUCGCCUUCUCAGUAACAAGAACCAGUAUAAAUCUUUUUUGCGCACAAUGCCCAACGAUGAGCACCAAGCCACCGCCAUGGCAGACAUCAUUGAGUACUUCCAGUGGAACUGGGUAGGAACUAUUGCCGCAGAUGAUGACUACGGUAGGCCAGGAAUUGAGAAGUUCAGAGAAGAGGCUGAAGAGCGAGAUAUCUGCAUCGACUUCAGUGAACUCAUCUCGCAGUACACGCCGAUAGAGGAGAUUGAAAAAGUGGUGGACGUCAUCCAAAACUCAACAGCCAAAGUCAUAGUUGUCUUCUCCAGCGGGCCAGACCUUGAGCCGCUUAUCAAGGAAAUAGUCAGGCGUAAUAUCACGGGACGCAUCUGGCUUGCUAGCGAGGCCUGGGCCAGCUCAUCGUUGAUCGCUAUCCCCGAAUACUUCCAUGUUAUUGGGGGAACCAUUGGUUUUGCACUGAGGGCUGGGCAAAUUCCAGGAUUUCGGGAAUUCCUCCAGAAAGUUCACCCCAAAAUGUCUAACAGCAAUGGUUUUCUCAAGGAAUUCUGGGAAGAGACCUUUAACUGCCGCAUGUCUGGUGUGCGUGGAAAAAACGAGGAAUAUAACAACAUCACUGCCUGCACCGGCCUAGAGAACAUCACCAGUGUGGAGACACCCUAUCUGGAUUAUACUCAUUUGCGGAUAUCGUACAACGUAUAUUUAGCCGUAUAUUCAAUUGCCCAUGCCCUGCAGGACAUAUACACAUGUACACCUGGGAAGGGACUUUUCGCCAAUGGAUCGUGCGCGGAUAUAAAGAAGGUGGAAGCCUGGCAGGUCCUAAAACAUUUGAGGCACCUAAACUUCACCAACAACAUGGGGGAGCAAGUGGACUUCAAUGACUUUGGAGACCUGGUGGGGAAUUACACCAUCAUCAACUGGCACUUGUCCAAAGAGGACGGCUCGGACGAAGUGGUCUUUGAGGACAUCGGUCACUACAACGUGUACGCCCGGAAGGGGGAGAGGCUUUUCAUUAACGAGAGCAAGAUCCUGUGGAGUGGAUUCUCCCGAGAGGUUCCGUUCUCCAACUGUAGCCGGAUCUGUCAUGAAGGCACCAGAAAAGGGAUUAUUGAGGGUGAACCGACCUGCUGCUUCAUGUGCGAGCCGUGCCCCGAAGGCGAGUACUCCGAUGAGACAGAUGCAAGUGCUUGUGAGAAAUGUGCUGCAGAAUACUGGUCCAAUGAAAACCACACAUCCUGCGUUGCCAAGGAGAUCGAGUUCCUGUCUUGGACGGAACCCUUUGGGAUUGCUCUCACCAUGUUCUCAAUCUUGGGAAUAUUCCUGACGUCCUUCGUACUCAGCGUGUUCAUAAAAUUCCGCAACACGCCCAUUGUUAAGGCAACAAACCGCGAGCUUUCCUAUCUCCUGCUCUUCUCAUUGUUGUGUUGCUUCUCCAGUUCCCUCUUCUUCAUCGGUGAGCCGGAGGAUUGGACAUGCCGGCUGCGGCAACCAGCAUUCGGCAUCAGUUUUGUGCUUUGCAUCUCCUGCAUCCUGGUAAAAACCAACCGCAUCCUGCUCGUGUUCGAGGCCAAAAUCCCCACGAGCUUUCAGCGGAAGUGGUGGGGCCUAAACCUCCAGUUUCUUUUGGUUUUUCUGUGUACCUUCGUGCAGAUUGUUACGUGCAUCAUAUGGCUAUACACAGCGCCUCCCAGGGCCGCUAAGAAUCACGAGGAUGAGAUCAUAUUCGUCAUUUGCAAUGAGGGAUCAUUGAUGGCUCUCGGAUUCCUGAUUGGCUACAUUUGCUUGCUGGCAGGGAUCUGCUUUUUCUUUGCUUUCAAGGCCCGGAAGCUACCAGAAAAUUUCAACGAAGCCAAAUUUAUCACAUUCAGCAUGCUCAUAUUCUUCAUCGUCUGGAUAUCCUUCAUUCCAGCCUAUGUAAGCACCUACGGAAAGUAUGUUUCGGCCGUUGAGAUCAUUGCCAUUCUGGCCUCGAGUUUCGGCCUGUUGGCUUGCAUCUUCUUCAACAAAGUCUACAUCAUCCUGUUCAAACCAUCCAGGAACACCAUCGAAGAGGUCCGCUGUAGCACGGUGGCUCACGCGUUCAAGGUUGCGGCCCGAGCUACUCUGAGACGCAGCAACGUAUCCCACAAAAGGUCCAACAGCUUGGGAGGUUCUGCAGGCUCCACCCCAUCAUCCUCCAUCAGCAGCAAGAGCAAUCACGACGAUCAUUUCAUCGCUGCCGAGCGAGCCAGAGGCUGCAAGCAGAAAGUCAGCUUUGGCAGCGGCACGGUCACCUUGUCCCUGAGCUUUGAUGAACCUUCUAAGAAUUCAGUGGCCAACAAGGUCAUGAGGCCAAAGAACUCCCUGGAAGGUAAAAACAGUGAUGACAGUUUGAUGAGACAUAAAGCUUUGCUCCCGCUCCAAAACAGCGAUGGUGGAAGCGAGUCCAGCUUCCGAACGGCCUCCAACGUUGACGAGACGGAGAAUCGCGAGGCGGCAAGCCAAGCCGGCCCCGAAAACCAAAGCACGGCGGCUUCCUCGGCUCAAACAGAGAUUAUGAAGAAGGAGGUUGAUGGAACGAUCACAGAAAAUAUGAUUAAAUCUUAAAUUACGAUCUUACCGUUAGACUGACCUCGAUAGGGAAUGAGAUCUUUCAAAUUGAACAAAGACUCAUCCUGGGAUGGAACGUACAUUAAAAUUUACUGGAGACUUGUUUCUCCAUCUGUGUAUUAUUGUUGACUGAUUGAAGGAACAUAUAGGAUUGUAUACAUUUGUCGUAUAUUUGGUAUUUCAUAUUCACAUAUACUUCCUGUUGGGAAUUUUUUUGUUUGCUGUAUAAAAAAAAAAAAAAAAACGUUCCCAGUUUGAAGAACUGCAGUAGUGACGGACCCGUUGUAGGUGAAUUAUUGACCUGUGGUAAUUGAUGACCUUAUAUUUGUGAUAUGUACCCAGUUAAGGCUGUUUGAAACCUGUGAGUUGUUCGUACUGUGGUGCCGACUUGUUUUCCGAUGCCUGGUCGGGAGGG